CCAGGGCUGAGAGGACAACUCAUUCCAUCGGAUGAUGCCCACUGUUUGCUUUUUAAUUAAAUCUUUCAACACCAAGAGAAAAACAGAACUCACGUUGUAACUCUGGAGGGACCUGCAGAACCUACACAGAAAGUUAGUUGGAAUUUCUCAAGCGCUGAAGAGCCGACAUUGACAAAUCUUAAGGGACCAUGUCGGAUGAUCGGAGCGUGUCAGACGUGGCGAGCUCGGGAGGCUCAGAGAGUGAGUCGGUGGUUUCUCCUGGAUCCUCUCUCGCUCCUGAUGGAGAUGAAAAGUUCCAGGCUGGCACCGAGGAAGGCAGUGGCAAACGGGAGAGCGAGGAGGACAAAUUUCCGCUGUGCAUCCGAGAAGCGGUGAGCCAAGUGCUGGAAGGUUAUGACUGGACCCUAGUGCCCAUGCCGGUCCGAGUCAACGGCUCCUCUAAGAAUAAGCCUCAUGUCAAGAGACCUAUGAACGCCUUCAUGGUGUGGGCUCAGGCCGCAAGAAGAAAACUGGCAGAUCAAUACCCACAUCUCCACAAUGCAGAGCUUAGCAAGACUCUGGGCAAACUCUGGAGGUUACUGAAUGAGAACGACAAGCGGCCGUUUGUGGAGGAGGCGGAGAGGCUACGGUCGCAGCAUAAGAAGGACCAUCCUGACUACAAAUACCAGCCGCGUCGGCGCAAGAACAUGAAGCCAGGCCAGGCAGAGUCUGAGGGUCACACUGACGAUGGCCACCUCUCCGCUGGGCAGCCUCACUACAAGGCUGUGCCUCAGGACCGUGGGCGUGGUGCGGGAGCUUCCCCGCUCUCGGAGGGGCACGGAGAGCACACAGGCCAGAACCACGGGCCCCCGACACCUCCCACCACCCCGAAGACGGAGAUCCAGCCGGGGAAAGCGGAGGGCAAGCGAGAUGGGCGCCCGCUGGUGGAAGGGGGUAAACCGCACAUCGACUUUGGCAAUAUGGACAUCGGGGAGCUGAGUCACGAUGUCAUCUCCAACAUGGAAACCUUUGACGUCCAUGAGUUUGACCAGUACCUGCCCCCCAAUGGGCACCCAGGUCAUGGCCAAAGCCUGGCAGGAGGGGCGUAUGUUGGGAAUUACGGGCUAGGGGGCAGUUCCUGGAUUGCCAAGCAGCACGGUGGAGCUGGUACCCCCUGUUCCUCGGCAUCCGAGUCCAAAGCUCAAAUCAAGACGGAGCAAGUUCACCCGAGUCACUACACAGAGCUACAGCACUCCUCGGCCCAGAUAACAUACACCUCACUGAGCCUCCCACACUAUGGCUCUGCUUUCCCCACCAUCACCAGGUCCCAGUUUGACUACCCUGAGCACCAACCUUCCGGAUCCUACUACAACCCCUCUAGCCAGGCAUCCGGACUCUACACCGCCUUCUCCUACAUGGGCCCAUCUCAGCGGCCACUCUACCCGUCUAUCAGCGACCCGUCCUCGGUGCCUCAGUCUCGCAGCCCCACUCACUGGGAGCAGCCGAUCUACACAACGCUCACUCGACCAUAGGAUCUCUCCCUCUGUCUCUCUCUCUGAACCUACUGUGCCCUCACACACACACAGACACACACACACACCCACACAUCAACCCCCACGCAGCAGCCCCCAUCCCCUCUCCCUACACACCGCACCAUCAUCCCCCAACCUCCCCACACCGCCAAGUCCCAAAGCCCCACAUCCCACCCCUCACCCAUCAAGGACCCAGUGGGACUUGCUUGGUUUUGUUUGAGAAAGAAAUAGAAAAACAAUCUCUGGCCAUUGUGGAGCCUGAGUGUUCCCAUGUGUCAGGGUGGGAAAGCACUGAUGGUAUGGAAGCUUCUCACCUUCAGACUCUGGCCUGGACUGAGGAGGGGAGCUGCUGAGGUUCCAGACUUAAAGCUGCACCAAACCAUCUGAGACACAACGCUAAAGCAGAGUGGGUCGCUGAGAGGCGAAAGGUUCUCCAGUCAAUCUCGCUGGGUCCUGAAAUGCCAGGGAUUCUGUGACCCAACAAGUGACCAUUUUAUAGUUGAGAACUGGAGUUACUCAACACAUUGUAAACUCUGACAUCAUUCACGUGGGCCUUUGACUGAGAUCUACUCUCUCAGAAACCAUUCUGAAGAAGCAGAACUGUAAAAGACUGUCAAUUUAAAAUGAGCGGGAUUCUAGUUCGAAAGUAACGUGAGCCUGUGACUGCCAGUGUCCUCUUCUUCGUGUCAUAAUUGUUAAAAGUGGCUUAUCUUCAGUCGCCAGUAACAUUUUCUUUAUUUUGUUUUAACUUGCCUAGCCCUGUUAGGCUGUGGUUAGCUUUAGCCAGGGCUAACCUUUUGGAGCUGUUGCUAACAUUCUAGGUGCGACCAGAUAGCUACACAAUAAAAUGUGGAGGGAGGGUUGGAGUGGGGAGUCAGUGGAGGGGCUUGGUGGUAGAGGAGGAAACAGGAGAGAAGGACAGAAAAGCUUGCAUUUCUGUAGUGCCUUUCAUGGGCUUCCCGUAGCCCUCCACAGCCUUUUCUCAAAGUGUCACCGCUGCUGUAAACGUAGAAGCUUGGCAGUCAAUUUGUGCACAGAAGAUCCCAAGAAACAGCCACUGACCCCAGAUGGUCUGUUUUCUUUCUCAUAAGCGUUAUUUGAAGGACGAGUGGCUGGUCCCAGGAGCACUGGGGAAAAGUUUCCCUCCCUGCUCGUUUUGAAAUGGUGGUCACUGGGAAAAGAAAGAUUGAUGAAGAAGUGGGAAGUUUCAGGGGUUUUUUUUUUCUGGUUUCUAAGAGAUCCCCUUUGUGUUUUAAUUUUAUGUUUGCUCUGUGCCAAACUCCUGCAUGCACCAAAAUGGGGUUUGUUAUAGGAGUCGGUGGGGAUCUGAUUCCUCAGUCAAUCCAUUAGCUGGAUUCUUGCCAGCAAUUACUUGUCAACAAAGAGAUGACUUUUAAACCCUUCUCAAAUAUUUAACAGAAAUGUACAAUGAGUUACUGCUCAUGUCGAGUAGCUUCACCUCUCUAAGGGUUAGCCCUUUUACCCCCAACGUUAGGCCCAGGUCAGAGUUGCUAACCCUCCCGGAUUGUCCUGGGAAAUGUUGAUGGAACUCCCUCUGUCAGACAAACUGGCUGCUAAAAAGGAAAAUGAUUAUUAUUUCAGCAAAGAUUGGAGAUGGGCCAUUAGCGGGAGCCUGGGGAGGAGGUGACAAACCUGACCAUUGAGAAGUAGCCAUUCAAAGUAAUGAGCACACUGUUUGCUUUCUGAUUGGCUGACAGCAGGUAGGGCACCAUGGGGUUGGAGACCCAACUGAAGGAGACAGUCUGGGCACCUGGAGGAUGAGGUGAUGAUGUCUCUAGGGAAGUGUUGAGGGACCCUAGUGGCCUAAUGGAUUGGGCCUCAGGCUGUAGGCCUGUUUCGCUCCUGAGUUAGGCCUGAAGCAGGCAGAGACAAGAUCUCAAACUCAACUUCUGUCACCAUUCCAAAACAGCAAUGACCACAGUCUCAGAUGUAGGAGACUGAAUAAUGCAUUGAGUGGACAUCCUUAGAGCACUUCUUAAUUUAUUCAACCCUCACUUCUUGUAUCUGCAUAUACCAGUGGGGCUGUGAUGUGACUGGAUCAAUCACCCUGAGGUCUAUGUUAAAGACAAGGAAUUAAAAUCAUACUAUGGCA